AUGGCGGGGCAGUGGCGAGGCACCGGGAGGCUCUGGGCGCUGGGCGGCGCCGCGCUGGAGGUUUGCUUCGCUGGGGUCGCCGGGCAGUUGGUGGAGCCCAGCACGGCACCACCCAAGCCCAAGCCACCCCCACUGACCAAGGAGACGGUGGUGUUCUGGGACAUGCGCCUGUGGCACGUGGUGGGCAUCUUCUCGCUCUUCGUGUUGUCUAUCAUUAUCACUCUUUGCUGUAUCUUCAACUGCCGCGUGCCACGGACCCGGAAGGAGAUUGAGGCCCGGUACCUGCAGCGCAAAGCAGCCAAGAUGUACACAGACAAACUGGAGACUGUGCCACCUCUCAAUGAGCUCACAGAAAUCCCCGGAGAGGAUAAGAAAAAGAAGAAGAAGGACAGUGUGGAUACAGUGGCCAUUAAGGUAGAGGAGGAUGAGAAAAAGGAGGCCAAGAAGAAGAAAGGCGAGAAAUAAGGAGAGCUUCCUGGAGGUGGCCCCAGACAUCUUAGACUCCAAGCUCACACGUGGACCAUAGAGGUUGCAGAUCAUCCUCCUCCGGCUCAGAGAGGGUUGCUGAAGCCCAGGACCCUGUCUUACAGCCUAUCAGGGCAGGAACAAGACUACAUGAGGUGUUUUGCCUCCCGGCCUGGACUCCACUCCUUUCACCCCGUCCACAUGAUCACCCAGCAGUGGUGGUCUUGGGCCACUCUCCCUCUGUAGAUCCAAAGUGGCCUUUACCUACAUGCUUCUGUUCCCUCUUCUGCCAGGAACAGCAGUGACUAAAGGGGUAAUGGGAUGUGGCUUUUCUUCUGAAAGGGGAUGGCUGACCUUGAUGGGCCAUAGGUAAGGCCUCACCAGGCUGGUCACAAGAAGGGAUAGGGCCAAUGGGGAAAGCUGUGGCAGCAGGAGGUUCUCAGACUUGGCUAGAUAGCAGCUUUGGUGGGGAGGGACUGCCCCAAGCCUGGCAAGGGUUCUGGCACAAGGCAGGGCAGUGAGGGGGACCAGAAGCAGAACCCCUAGCCCAAUAGAUGCCAAGCUCCAGGCAAUGAAUGUACCAGUUUUACAUGUAGUGAUGCCGCUGAGGCUGCUGGGGGGCCCAGCAUGAGGCCUGAGGGCUGAAGGGGCAGUUCAAGGGUGUGGAAGGCUGAGGCCAGUGGGCCAGAAGAAAAAGGAAAACUGCCACUUGGGCCCAAUAUUGGGAAUCCAGGGAGUAUUUAAGAAGCCAAGUGGGGACCUCGGGCAGUUCUGGUGGCCCUUUCUAUACUCAGCCAUGAUGACAGGUGUUAGGGCCCCAUGAGAUCACUUCAGGGAGCAGCUAGGGAUUGAGGCAGCAGCCUUCCACCUGCUGAAUAUGACAGCACACCACUUCCUCUUCUAUUCUCAACCAUGGUGCCUAAAAGAAGCACUGCUGAUCAGAAGAUGAAGACCCAAACUGGACAUGGGGACUGAAUCCUUGGACAGGGGAGAUACAGAGAAGGGUUUCUGGAUGGCAGCGAAAAUCAGCUGAAGUACUCAAACCUGGGCCUGGUACUCAAACACCAGAGGUUUCCAAGCUGCUAGCAAAGCUCAGGCUGCCUCUGCAGCCUGUGGAGAUCUGUAAAUAAAGCUGAGUGCCUUCUCAUA